AUGCGACGAAUGAGGAACAAGUCGGUUACACAUGAAGUCUGGGCUGAGAUGUGGCAGCAUCAUUCUGAGUAUGAGAAACAUUGGGUUGAGACCUUGAAGCGGCAUGUGGUCGGAGAGUAUGAUGCAGGCUGCGCGGCGCCAGUCGAAGAGGAGAAAUGCGUUGCAUUAGACGGCGAGCAGCCCGCGGCAGCCGUGCUGGAUCAAGCGAUUGAAGUCCUAUUCAAGCGUGGCUGGCUGAAGAAAGCAACUGACUCUGAAGCCUCCACAUCCAGGUCCAGGAGCAGGUCGCGAGGGGUGGCUCGGCGAGGCGCCGGUGGCGGCUCAGCGCUGCGGAGUUUGCAUGAACGCUGCGCCAACCCGGCGUGCUGGUACCAGGUUUCCCAAGACGCGGAUGGCGGCGGGUAUUGCUGUAGGAAAUGCCACUGGCGCCAUGUCACGGGCUCCAAGUCGGGCAAGAAUCACAACAAGGAGUGUGCGAAGUUGGUUGCGUCUUCGGCUGCACCUCGGGCGGCUGCCGUUGCUCCGGCACAGGACUACGUCAGCUCCGCGCAAUCACAAGAGGCAGAGGUUCGUCCGCUGGCCCAGGCUGACAUGGACACUGGCGCAGUCAACGACGCGGUGGCUGAGGAUGCAGCAAGGUCCUCGGACCAGGCAGCCAGCGGUACAACUUCAGGCAUGCCAAGUCGGGUUGACCUUACAGAGACCGUGAACAACGCGACCAGCAUUUACUUUUGGCAGAAGCUGGCCUGCGCCAAUCCGAACUGUCCUUUUCUCGCCAGCUCAGACCGCUUGGACGGAGGCUACUGCUGCAGCAGGUGCUACUGGCGGUCGGUGGCUCCUUCCUCGGCAAACAAAAACAAACGGCACACUGCAGGAUGUGCAAAAGCCUAUCCCGAGCAAUCUGGCGGAGCCCGGGCACCUCCCGAUCCACCGGCAGAGGCAAUACUAUGUGGUGCCCAGUCCGAGUCUUCUAGCAAGUGUCGCAACGAACCGGUUGGCGUUGCAGACGCAGUGACAGAAGUGACCCAGGCAACGCAGGACCUGACAUCAUCUUCUGUUCAGCCGCCCGAUACAGUCCCUAACGACCUGCAGGGCUUAUGA